CAAUGCCUGUGACUCAGUCUUGAUCUACAUUUCCCUGCAACAAUUGACGUUUAAUUAAGUUCAAUGGCUCGAUAAUGUUUUUAAAACGACGGAAGUAUCCGGAAUUAAUUGAGGCCUCUGCAUUUAUGUCUCUCGUAUGUCUCAUUAUGGUAUCGACAUCCCUGGGUACUCAAAAAUGGACAGUAGGAACAGCUUCUGUUGUUGAUGAUGUUGAAGAUGUUGAUGACUCCACAAUUAAUCAGGGACUCCUUGCGGGGACUUUAAUCCGGAGAAUUUUGGAUAGUCCGAAGGCCUAUGACAUCUAUCUUACUUGUUUACUGGAGGAAAAUGUAUGUGCGUGGAGUUGCCUGGCGGAUGCAGAUGCUCGAGAAGAAGAGGUCCAACGCCUCUUCAAAGGGGAAAUCCCACAAUUUAAUUGCGCCCCCGUGUCGACAUCGAGGAUUUCACUAUCAAAAUUCAUCCCACGUGAUGAUAACACCACAACCAUCACCCUAACCAACGGUACAUAUACGGGAGAAUUCUUGAAUGCCGGAAUAUUCUACGGUACAUUAUCCGCUGUGAUAUUUACUCUGAUGACUUUAUUCCUGUUAUUCCUUUUGUCCGUGGUAAAUUGCGUUAUUUGCCCGAAAGAUCCGAUCCUGAAUACCGCAGGAAUGGUUAUUUUAGCGAAUGUUGCUUUAGCAGCUAAUCUACUGGGGGUAAUUCUUUAUGCCUCUAAUUACGGUAUCUGGAUAAAGAACAACAUUGGAAUAAGAGACACAAUUGUGAAGGAGUACGAAUCGACAGUAUCUCUCGGAUAUUCCUUCUGGCUCUUCACGUGCACCUGUUUCCUGACUCCUCUCAUCCCAGUCUACAUUUUCAUAAGGAAUCACUUACUGAGAAAAGAUAGAACUGAGAUUGUAAUUGUUAUCGACAACGUAAAUGACCCCACGACAGUUCUUUAUUAGGGCUAUAAUAAUAAUAAUAAUAGCAAUAAUAACAAUUAAUAUUAAAUUACUUUCAAAAACGGAAAAAAAAUUUCAUUGAAAAAUCUAUCGGUUUGACUCACAUCUUUAAUAUACACUUGAAUAAUAAGUAUUAAUUAAUUUAAUGAGGCACAU